CUCGCAAAACAGCAACAACAGAAAGAUGCUGCUGAUCAAAAUUUUGAUUAUAUGUUCAAGUUACUGAUCAUUGGAAAUAGCAGCGUUGGAAAGACGUCUUUCUUGUUCAGGUAUGCAGAUGAUAGUUUUACCAGUGCUUUUGUAUCCAUGGGAAUUGAUUUCAAAGUAAAAACGGUAUUUCGCCAAGACAAAAGAGUAAAACUUCAAAUAUGGGAUACAGCUGGACAAGAACGGUACAGAACCAUCACAACUGCCUACUACAGGGGUGCAAUGGGUUUUAUUCUUAUGUAUGACAUCACAAAUGAAGAUUCAUUCAACAGUGUGCAAGAUUGGUCAACUCAGAUCAAAACAUACUCGUGGGACAAUGCGCAGGUCAUUCUUGUAGGAAAUAAAUGUGACAUGGAAGAUGAACGAGUGGUUACAACUGAACGAGGUAAACAACUUGCCGACCAACUCGGUUUGGAGUUCGAAACAAGUGCUAAAGAUAAUAUCAAUGUAAAACAAGUUUUUGAGCGUCUUGUCGAUCUGAUCUGUGACAAAAUGUCGGAAAGUUUGGAUACUGACCCAACAAUCGGGAACGCAAACAAGGGUACACAACUGAAAGAAGAUUCAUCUGAAAAUGAAGGAGGAAACUGUGCAUGUUGAUUUUCAAGCAAAGACCUUACAUCCAGACUGAAUUAUUUUCCUUUCUAACUCGUUACUGUAGAGUUUAGGUCCUUAGUUUGUGGGCUUUUAUAUCCUUUUGCACACUUAAAAUCAUCUUAUAUUUUUGUGCAUAUAUUUAUGUACCAUCAUCAUCGGGUUGAGGCAAUUGUCAUUUCUCUGUGACUGUUAUGAGCACAAAGUUAGUUGUAAGAUCUUUAUUGUUGUUUUAUGCACUUUUUGAUCAAACCCAUAUCUUAUUGUGAAACAUUUAUUUAAACUGCUAUGAUAAAAUUGUGGGCCAAGAUUAUAUACGUUUAUACUCCAAAUUUCCUUAUUCCCCUAACCAAUUUUGUGCUCUAUCAGUCCGCACCCUUUUCAGCUUGUAGUGAGAGACUGUGAAGCAAUGUUAUACCGGGGUGUGCAAUAAUUGUGAGAAAACGAGUCAUUGUUUUAUUGUAAUAUCCUUAUUAUAUUUUAUUAAAUAAAACUAGAAAUGUUGAAUAUCCAUGCUACUUGUCUUUGCUUUAUGAAAUCAUAAUCGUUUCUUCAAUCAAUUAUUCCAUUACCUCUUGUGAAGUAUCAUCAAUUAAAAAUCCAUCUUAUUGCUUUGUUGCAAGGAGUCUAAGUGCUCAAUUAUAACCACUUUACUAAAGUCACGUUUUUCUAGUUUGAUUGACUCUGAAGUAUGGAUCUGGAAUUUGGAUCAAUUUACCUGUGACACUUAUCUUGCAUAAAGAUCAAGGCAUACAAAACUACAAAAUAAAACUGAUUUUACCUUUGAUGCGAUAUUUCGUGCUGAUACUUGCAGUUGAUUAUUGGAAUGCAUUAUGUGCAGUCAAGAAUGCUUGAAUAUUUGACAUUUCUAGUUUGAAUAAAUGUUUAAAAAAAAUUGUGACCAUAUUUCUUCAUGAACUAAUAAUAUAUUAUUGUGUGAUGUUAUAUUGUAGUUUUAGUUACAAAUAUUAGCAUAGUGUCGAAAAAAUGAAAUAUAAAGAGGACUUUGUAGGUUGACCUUAUAUACCUUUGGUUAUUUCUGCUAAUGUUUGGAAAAAGGUAUAGUUCCAUUUAAUUUGUGUUAGUUUUAUAUACAAGACUGCAUGAAGCAAGACAUUGAGCUUUCCAUGAAAGUUCUGUCAGAAUAGUGUCAAGUGGCCGCUGGUACAUUUGUCCAGUAACUUUCGACAAAUCAAUCACAAGCGCUUUUGCUUUGCACAUCUAUAUUAUUAUUCACUUAUAGCUGAGGGCUCAUGGCCUUGCUGUUUGCAGACUUGUAUUAAAAUUAGACAAUUUUUCCACUUACGAUAAUUAAUAUUCAUCUAAUUUUUCUUGUUCAUGGAAUAUAUAUUUUUUUUUUUUGAAAAGGGUCCAUUUUGAAGUGAUGAAGCUUUCUUUUUAUCAUUGUAAUAUUUCUUUAUUGCCACAAAAAUUUGCACAUACCACUAAUAAUGAAGUUGUUCGCAUGAAAUUUUGAAGGUGCUCUUUGGUUGAAGCCGAUUUAUUUAGAAAUUUUUGUCAUGAAAUUAAUGUCAAGUCUAAAAAUUGAUGAUUUAAACCAUGUCUUGACAUCUAUGUUCUUUAGACAGGUUAUUACUUGAGAAACCUGAUUUCCUAAUACGAGUGUUUAGUGAAAGAUACAUUAAUAUAGAAUAUCUGCGGUGGGAUGUUUGCAUCAAAAUAGUCUGGUAUUUGUUUCUUGCUGUUUUAAAUAAUUCUUAUAGAUUGACAAGACCAUGUUUGCUACAAAUGUCUAGAUGAUGCGAACCAGACUUUUUUGCAAUAGUAGAGUCUUAUGUAAUAAUUGGGCCUGGACUAUCUGUCCUGAGAAUUUAGUUUAAAAAAAUUAAGCGAGGCCGGUAAUAAAAAUAUGACUAUCAGAUUUACUGAUUUUUUUUUCGGAUUUCCCAUUUUCUUAGUCAAAAUUUGUCAUAUUAUGAAGUUGUCAAUAUCAUUCUGUUGCCAAAGUAUCCUAGUUACAUUAUUCAAAGUCAAAGCUUGUUUCAUAGCAGAAAUUUUGAAUACAACCUUAUCUGAAAAUUUACGGUACUCUGAUGACACUCCAAAGCAAUAAUAAGAAUUCCACUACACCCUUGAGACCAAGUUUCGUAGUGAAACUAUGUUUAACAGGGGAAAGGGCUCCCUGGUAAUCAAUGAACUAAAAUUUCAAUGUGUAUCUGAGGAAAGAACAAAUUUUAAUAUGUAAUUGAAUAGAUAAUUCAAUUUGAUAUUUUGGUUUCAUUGUCAUGCUGAAAUGUAUUGCUGUGUAUUACUAACUGAAGCUAGUUUUUAUUGACCAGCUAUUGAGCAUAAGCUGAGAGGUUUAGCAUCAUAUAUGAAACUUGAACAUUAACUUCCUUAGUAUUAGUUUAGUUCUCCCCAUAGCAGUCUGUUUCAGGCAGCUAUGAUGAACUAAAACUGAGAAUUAGCCAAUGAGUUUGCACUUGGCAACAUUGUGUAAUGUUACGAAUUAGGAUACCCUUAUUUUUUGAAUUUGUUAGGAAGAAUGCUUUUGCACAAAUGGCUAUUCACUGUUCAGAUUUCAGAGAUGAAUUAUUUAUUGGUAAUAAUUUUCAUCAUAUCAUUGUCUGAUCUUGAAACGUUUAUGGGAACAUAUGGUUUUAUGUGUUAUUCUAAAAAUAUUGAUGUUAUAUCAUCUAGUUACAAUAUAUUGUGAUUUCAUGAUAUGUUUUUUCUCCGAGUGUACACUGUACAUAUAUGCUUUAUGGAAAGGAAAUUAUUUUAAAUUCAGGAGACUUAAUAUAAACGAAUCAUGAGAAAAUAACUCAUGCUUUGGAUUCAAAUUUUAUCCAAAAGUCCAAUUUUAAAAUCCGAACUGAACUUUUUUAAAAUACCUGUUACCAAUAUUAAAAUAAAUAGCAUUUGUACAGUGUCUCUUUGCUGCUUGGAUGAAUUUUCGUUAAAUAGUAAAUUCAAACUUUUUAUUAAAAAAUCAUGAUGUGAUAUAUGACAGAUAGUCCUUUGUGUACUUUGCUUUAUUAUGUUAGCGUUACAUUCAAACACACUUCUUCAAAUAAGGCACUUUUAUUGUUGUUGUUGAUGUAAUUGAAGUCCCUAAUAGAUGUAAAAUAUUUAAUCAGUUUCUAGAUUAUCGUUGAUAGAAGCAUCCAGAGUAUAGAGCAUAAGUUAUUCUUCAUACUGGCUAACUAAUCCCAUACCCACCUGGACUGGUAACCGGACGAGAGGCAGUGGUUCGCCAUAUGAUUAAGCCGUCUUAUCAGCUUUCCUAAAUAUGUGAAUCCUAUGCUAUUUCAUCCUUCCACAGGCUAGGAUUGGUCAACAGACCUUAGCAUCCACGACAUGCCAAAUUGUAUCUCUAUUUGCUAUUCUAAUGCUUGGUUUUAAAGUGAUAUUACAGGGUUUAAAUUAAAAAGAUAUUUUGGAAGUUUUUUUGCCUCACCCUAUAUUAUAAAAAUUAAUUUUACUACCAUCUACCUGUUACUGAUCACAACUUUUUGAAUUUUGUCUUGAUUUUUGGUGAUAAUUCAACUUUAUUUUUUCAUUGGUGUAAGAUAUUGAUUGUAUUAAUAGCAUAGUGCAUAUACAGUAGUUUGUCGAUGGUAAAUAUGGUCAGAAAUUGAUGCCAGUGCUCUACUCAGUUGGAUGGUGUUUUUUUGUACAUUUAUUGAGGCAUUUCCCUGAUCAAAUCAAUGCAUAUAACACUGUUAGUUCAAUUAUAAGUCCAUACUCAGUGAAAAGCUGUUCUAAUGAUCAAUAAUUUUCUUAAAUUUUUAUUCUGUUAGGUAUAUUAUUUGGUCAAAUAGCGCACCCCAUUGUCUUGUGUUGAACUCAAACUAUCUUGGCAUAGAUUUGAGCAUAUAUAUAAAAUAGCAAUGGAAUUGUAUUCAACUUACAUAUACCGUUCAUGCAUCUUCUACUAAUACUUGAUUUCACCUAACUGAGUUUAGAGUGGCUUAAUUUCUGACCCAGUAUUUAUACCUAUGUAGUGUAGUGUAGAUAUUUUAUUGUACAUUUUGUCUGUAUUUACCAGCUGUACAUUCGUAUCUUAUGAUUAUGUACUAUUACAAAUAUAUGAAUAUCAUUCAUGAUGUAAAA